AUGAAGAUUUAUCUUGUUUUAUUGCUCUUCUUUUCCGUUGUCAAUUGUUAUCAAAGAUAUCAGGCACAAAUUCCAAAUGGCGCUAAUGUACCCGAUCCGUGUAACACCGCUCAAUUUUGGGGUGGUGUGGGCCAUCAAAAAAGAGCUGGUGGCGGUACCCGCAAUACUUUCGGUAUCCUAAUGGGCGAAGUUGGAGUGCAAUGGGGAAGAUCAGCUUGCCUAGCUGAUUCGGAUGGCGAUGGCUUAUCCAAUGGGGAAGAAUUAGGUGAUCCUAACUGUGUCUGGUCAGUGGGCGGCAAUCCACCUAUUCGUACCACCAAUAUUACCCAUCCUGGUAUUUGUGAG